AUGCCGAUGCUUCAAGUGGGUAUAGUUGGUGCCGGUAUAGGCGGCCUCGCAGCUGCCAUCGCUAUUGCCCGCAGUGGGUGUAGCGUCACCAUCCUCGAGCAGGGAGUGGACAUAGGAGAGAUUGGAGCCGGGAUCCAGCUCCAUCCCAAUGUAUCUCGCCAAAUGAUCCGCUGGGGCGUCGACAAGAUCAUUGAGAACGACCUGAUCGAACCCGACGAACUCAACACUUGGGAUUGUGGGAGCGAACUACGCCUGAUCGGCCGCACGGAUCCAAAGCAGGUCGCUAAGCAAGCCGGUUUUCCUUGGUGGGUGGUGCGUCGCGACCACCUCUACACUGGACUCGCCCAGUCUGCAUCCGAGCAUGGAGUCAAGUUGAUCAUCCAGGCCAGAGUGGAACAAAUUGACGACACCUCGUCCCCGGUGAAGGUUGUCACAUCCUCCGGACAGAGCUACGAGUUUGAUCUCUUGGUUGGCGCAGAUGGCCUCAAGUCUACCGUCAGACAGUAUCUGUACCCCGGCGUCAUGCCAUAUGCGCCCAACAAGCUAUGUGCCUAUCGAGGUGUUCUGCCAUUUGCCUUGAUAUACAAAGAAAUUCCCGAAGCGAGGCUGUUCGUCGGCAACAGACUGGACACUUGGGUCGGAGCAAAAGGCUACGUUCUGACUUACCCUACAUGCGGAGGGAAAGAGCUGAACGUCGUGACCGCUGCCGAGUCCAAAGACUAUGUGACUAAAAUGGAAGACAUCGACGUUGAAGAGUUCUAUGGAUUCUAUGCCGACUUCCAUCCAUUCAUCCAAAAACUGCUGCGUCUUGUCAAGUACACCAAACGCUGGCCGUUGCUGCAAACACCCCGAAUGCCGUCCUGGUCCAACAAAGCCAAGAACAUCGUCAUGAUAGGCGAUGCGGUCCAUGCCAUGCAGAAUCAUAUGGCCCAAGGUGCGGGGACAGCAAUCGAAGAUGGAGCAUUCCUGGGCCAGGUCAUCAGCGAAGUGGCCCGGGGCGCGAUCAAUGUGCCCGAAGCCGUGACUCUGUUUGAACAGCGACGGAUGCCCAAAGCAUGGAUCAAGCAACAACUCAGCUUCCACUCCGGAUUGAUGUAUACCUUGACGCAACCAGAAGACCGUGAAAAGCGCAACCAAGCGGGCAGGUUUGAAGUUGCGCGCUGGGAGCACAACCCAGCUCGACAGGAGCACAGCCAUAUCGAGUAUCGGAAUUGGCCGGUGGCGCGGUGCAUCGAGACGGCCAAGUCAAUCUGGUAUUAUGACGCCGAAGGAGAUGCGGACAACGCAGUGCUGGAAUAUCUGAUGAGCAGGGGCAAAGUGGACGGUUUCACACAGAUGAGUGAGAAUCUGAGCCGCAAAUGGGGUUCGAUCGUGUUUGGAAACGAUGUCGACGGCAGCUGGGUCGAGCCCCAAGUCGACUUCCAGCACAUGAAGAACUCUCUCUACAGGGGGAACGGGGCUGUGAAGGACGGCAUCCAGGAGUACGGUCUGCAUGAACAAGACUACGAUCGGUUUGGCAAGGGCUUGUAG